AAAGAGUUGAUCGUAGGUAACGCACCUGUAAAUUUAAAAAGACGGAAUAACGACGGAUAAAAAUAUUAUGAUUUUUUUUUUUUAUAUAAAAAAUACACCACUACAGGGAAAUAUGGUGGUGUAUCUGUGUGUAUGAGUGAUAGUGAUGUUUGAUAAAAUAUAAUGAUAAAAAUGAUUUAAAAAGCAAUUAAUGAAAGGAAUUAACAAAAAAUAAAAAUUAAUUAAAGAAUUAUUAACAAAAAUUUACAAUAAAUAAAAAUCUAAACAAGAAAAUUUAUAAAAAUAUAUAAAAAAAUCAAAAAAUAUAAAAAAAUCCAUCUAUGAUCUCGGAAAAAUUAUAUAGAAGAAAAAGAAAAUUAUAAAAAAACAACAACAAAAAGUAAGUUUGUAUUAGAAAAUGUAUCUGUGUAAGACAGAUUGUAUAUAUGUAUUUUCUAACUAAGUGUGUGUUUAUGUGAGCGAGUUUAAGAGUGUUUAUGUGUUUGUUUGUUCGUGUGUGUGUUGUGUCUCUAGUAAACGUUAAAAAUAUACGUAGACUACAAUUUUUAUACUGUGGCGUGUGGGAAGACAUUGGGACUACUUGAGGAGCGUUUUGGUAGCUGCACUGGCUUCAGCUCCUAUUUCAAAACAAAAUGUAGAAAAACACAUUUUAACUGCCGUGUGUACAGCGAACAGAAAUUACAACAGAAAAAAAAUUAUGAAAAAAGUAAAACAAAAAAACUCAACAUAAAAUAAAAGUUGGUUAGAUGGAUGGCAGCCUGGUCGCUGGAUCCAUUCCCAAACUAUCCACUAUGUGAAUUAUAGUAAAAAGAAAGAGAAACAUAAAUAGCAUGCCCACUGAGAACAACUUUUUAACCCAACUACUACAGACACAACAACAACAAUAUUUUAACAGCUUAACACUGAAUCUCACUUGGAUGUUCUAAAACCCACUGCUCCCAUAUACAACAACAUCUGAGCCUUAUAAUUUAACCGCAAUUUUAAUAGAAUUGUAAGCAAUAAGUACUAAAUUUCUAAAAACAAAAUGUCCAAUAAUAAUCCCUCCAACUCGGCCUUUGUGCCGGUAUUGCCCUCACAUCGUAAUGCUUUAAGGGGGCCUGGCUCUCUGUAUGCGGGCAUGAUGGAGGCCGAGGCUGCUAAGGACCCCAGCAAAAGGGGUUCGAACUUUGAAAUUAUGGCUAUGAUGGCGGACAAACGUAAAGAGCUGGCUCUACGGGAAGCUGCAGUAGCUGCCGCCAUGUUAAUGCCUCGCCCUGGUCAAGUACCCCCACCUGGGGUACCCGGUUCCGUUAUGUAUCCGCCUCCCUAUCUAGGCGGUCCUGGACCCUCUCCCACUGGUGCGGGUAGUUUUACAUUUCCCUCGGCAACCGCGGCUGCCUUGUUUCCUCCCGGUAUGCCACCCUCAAUGCAUGCUGGUUUAGAUAGACGUCUGUUGCGUGCUCCGGGCAGAGCCUCGAGACCUAAGAAGCAAUUUAUUUGUAAAUUUUGUAAUCGUCAAUUUACCAAGUCCUAUAAUCUACUAAUCCAUGAAAGAACUCACACCGAUGAAAGGCCCUAUUCAUGUGAUAUAUGCGGCAAGGCAUUUAGGCGUCAGGAUCAUUUAAGAGAUCAUAGAUACAUACACUCCAAGGAGAAACCCUUUAAAUGUACCGAAUGUGGUAAAGGUUUUUGUCAGUCGCGCACAUUGGCCGUUCAUAAAAUCUUACACAUGGAGGAGUCACCCCACAAAUGUCCCGUCUGUAGUCGUAGCUUCAAUCAACGUUCGAAUUUGAAGACACAUCUUCUAACACACACCGAUCAUAAGCCCUACGAAUGUAAUUCGUGUGGCAAAGUGUUUAGACGUAAUUGCGAUUUAAGGCGCCAUACCUUAACCCAUGCUGUAGGUGAUAUACCGGGUGAAUAUGUAGAUGUGGUGGAAGAGGAGGAUGAUGCUCGUAACUUAAGUGGUGAUGAAGAAGAUUCUCUACUGGAAGUGGACUCACCGCGUCAGUCGCCGGUACAAAGACAUCUGGCGGGAUCACCCAGUCAAGAGUUAGAAGGGGAACAAGAAGUCGAAGAAGAAUUGGAAGGAGAUCAACGUAUAUCUAUGGCUGAACGUUUGACCUUAAAACGUAAGGCACAAUUUGAUCGUGAAUUAUUAGAAGAUGAAUCUGAUGAGGAACUGGGCGAUGAGAAUGAGGAAGAUGAGGAGGAUAAUAACGAAGCUGAUGAUAAUGCGGCCGUUAAGGAAGAGGUAAUGGAAAAGAAUUAUCGUAAAACUGAGGCCGAUGUAGUAGAUGGUCCGGUUAAAAAUCAAAAUCAGGGUGUUACACAUUGCCAUCAUGAGGGAGGCGAACAGUACACCAUGCGUCCCACACAAGAUCAGCAAAGAGCUGCCGAUGAAUUGGCCCUACUUAAUGCUGGGAACAUAAAUGGUGUAUUGACAAUGCCAACACAACCACCAGAUUAUAUUAUGCCUAGUACCAGUACGGGCAUAACAAAUUAUAUGGGUGCCAUGGGUAAUCAUACCACAAGAGAUACUAAUGAUCCCUAUAUGCCUCUGUUACAUGUUAGAAGAGAUCUCCAUAAUAAGAAUCUAAUGCAAAGUCCUACCGAUUUGAAGGUACAAACUCAGACAGGUAACCUAACAACAGCAGCACUGCCAGUUAUUAUAGAUGCUACCAGAAUUCAAGCUCCCCCACCGCCGGCACCCUUGCAUUCGCCUCAUGAGCCAGUGCCUAGUUUUUUGGGUUCCAUACCCAUACGCAAACGUUCUUUAGGAGUGGAAUUUGAACAUAUACACGCCUUGAGUCAAAGAGGUCCUCCCUUUGCCAGUAAUCCUAAUAUUUAUGCUCUAAAUAUGUCACGCCCGCAUUUACAUGCUUUACAGUCGGCAGCGGCCGCUUCGGUCAUUAAGCUAGAGGCCUCAGUGCCGCCCUCACAUUUAGGUCCACCACCGCCUAAUAUGACCUCUAAACCGGGACCCUAUCUGCCCACCAAUUAUCAUAUAAAUCAGCCACCACCACCACCAGCACCACCCUCAAGUAAAUCUUCCACCAUAACCGAGUCUUAUUUACAGCACAACAAUCGAAAUUCUCACCAUGAAGCUAACACGUCUACACCAACCUCAAGCGCAGCAGCAGCAGCAAGUUCAUCAUCUCAGCCCUCAAGUUCAACAUCUGCCUUAGUGGGCCCUAGCCAUAAUCCACCCCCUAACAAUCCACCACCUGUUAAACGCACCGGUUUUAGUAUAGAAGAUAUAAUGAGACGCUAAUACAUAUACACACACUCACACAUGUAUAUUGCCUUUUUUCGUCAGUUCUAAAACUUAGUGAAAAUAUUAAUUAAUUUUUCUUUUAUAUUUAAUUAUAAUUAUUGCAUAAGUGCCUUUAAAAGUAAAAGUUAAAAAAAAA